AUGUCGGGAUCGCACUGCAAAAGUUUGUACCCCUUCAGCGGGGAGCAGCACCAGCAGGGACUGAGCUUCGAGGCAGGGGAGAUUAUUAAGGUGGUCCAGGCUCUGCCUGGAGGCUGGUGGGAGGGAGAGAAGGAUGGAGCCAGGGGAUGGUUCCCCUCCAGUUACGUCCAGGUCCUGGAGCAUUGUGUUCUUUUCUUCCCCUUCUCCCAAACACCAACAGAGACAACAUGGGAGAGACCGUCGAGUGCACCGGGGACGCCAAAGAACUCCUUCCGACACAAGAACUCUCUGCCAGCAGUGAAUGGAUUUCACUCAGGUGGUAGUCCCUUGCAUCAUGUGGAGCAUUCACACAACAGUCUGGUUAGGAAGAGCAGUACAGAACCCCAGUGCCCAGGAUCGACGUCGCCCACGAGGAAACACAACAAGGAGACCACGGUCACGAUCAACUGUGUGACGUUCCCAUCACCCGCCUGCAUGCCCGAGCAACAGCUACUGAAACCCAGUGAAUGGAGCUACUGUGACUACUUCUGGGCUGAUAAGAAGGAUCCCCAGGGCAACGGCUGCAUUACAGGAUUUGAGGUUUUGCUGCAGAAACAGCUGAAGGGGAAACAGAUGCAGAAAGAGAUGGCCGAGUUCAUUCGAGAACGGAUAAAGAUAGAAGAGGAGUACGCUAAGAAUCUCUCCAAGCUCUCACAGAUCCCUCUAGCAAGCCAGGAAGAAGGUACUCUGGGGGAGGCUUGGGCCCAGCUGAAGAAGAGCCUGGCAGACGAAGCUGAAGUUCACCUAAAGUUCUCCUCGAAGCUCCAGAGUGAAGUGGAGAAGCCCUUCCUGACCUUCAGGGAAAACUUUAAGAAGGACAUGAAGAGGCUCGACCACCACAUCGCCGACCUACGGAAGCAGAUGGUUGGCCGCUAUGCAGCUGUGGAGAAGGCUCGUAAAGCUCUGUCUGACAGGCAGAAAGAGUUGGAGCUAAAGACGCAGCAGCUGGAGAUCAAACUCAGCAACAAGAUUGAAGAAGACAUCAAAAAAGCCCGCAGGAAAUCCACACAAGCAGGCGAUGAUCUGAUGCGCUGUGUCGACCUUUAUAAUCAGUCGCAGUCCAAAUGGUUUGAAGAGAUGGUCACCACAAGCCUGGAGCUGGAACGACUGGAGGUCGAGCGGGUGGAGAUGAUCAGACAGCACCUUUGCCAGUACACCACCCUUCGACAUGAGACAGACAUGUUCAACCAAAGUGGCUAG